CAAUAGGACAACAAACCAAAAAUCCAAACCAACAAUUUGAAACAAAAUGAUUUGUUGUGGAACCAAGAAACCAAGAACACUCUCCCCUCCCCGAACCACACCACCACCAAUGCCGCCACAAACCACCACCAACCACCUCCCGCAACCACAAAACGCCAAACAUGAAACCCUCCUAUCAAUUCCCAAUUCCAAAGUUCAUAUAAUGGACGAAGGUGAAGCCGUUGAGCUUGCAAAUGGAAACUUUACACUAUUUCAAAUAUCCAAUGACAACAUUCUUCUAGCAACCAUUAUUAAAAUUGGUGAUGAUCUUCAAUGGCCUUUAACAAAAGACGAACCGGUAGUGAAGCUUGAUCCUCACCACUACUUGUUCACGUUACCCGUGAUCAAAGGUCAGGAUCCUUUGAGCUAUGGUGUUACCUUUCCAAAGACUGAUGAUGAGAAUUUAACAAUGUUGGAUAAGUUUUUGAAAGAACAUUCAUGUUUUUCAACUUCUUCGGUUUCAAGAAAGACAGAUAUCGAUUGGAAGGAGUUUGCUCCUAAAAUCGAUGCUUAUAAUAAUGUUCUUGCAAAGGCGAUUGCGGGAGGAACCGGUCAGAUUGUUAGAGGGAUUUUUAUGUGUAGCAAUGCUUAUACCAACCAGUUGCAAAAAGGAGGUGAUAUGAUCUUAAAAGAGGCAAUGGAGGAAAAGCAUGGCAUCUCAAGAACUAAAACUAACGAAAACAACAAAACCAAUGGUACAAGAAAGGGGGAUGGGAUCAACAAAAGCUUAAGAAGCGCAAGAAAACUCUCAAAGAUGACCGAAAGCAUGAGUAAAGCUUUGUUGAAUGGAGUGGGAAUGGCAUCAGGUUCAGUCAUGGGUCCUGCAGUUCGGUCUCGAGCUGGGAAGGCCUUUUUUAACUCGGUUCCAGGGGAAGUCGUGCUUGCCUCUCUUGAUGCUAUUAAUAUAAUGAUGGAUGCAGCUGAAGUUGCUCAAAGACAAGCCUUAGCUGCUACAUCUGAUGCUGCAACUCGGGCAGUCAGUGAAAGGUAUGGCGAAGAGGCAGGAGAAGCAACUGGUGAUGCGAUUGCAACUGCAGGACAUGUUGCUGGCACUGCUUGGAAUGUUGUCAAGAUUAGAAAGGCUAUCAAUCCUGCAUCUGCUGUCAAGAAUGCUUCUAAAAUUCGAUAAAUGAUAAGAUUAUUUGAUCGAUUAACAAAAAUUCUCAUUGAGAUAAAUAUUGCUAUCUUCAUAGAUAAAGGAAUUGUGUAUGCAAAAAGUGAACAAGUUAAUGGGAUAGUUUAGUUAGCGUUGUGUUAUCAUUUGUGGUGU